CCUUUCCACCGGUGCCCUCCAACGCCCUAGUUUCACCUCCUGCGCCACGAGCAUCUGAUCUCCGCCCCCCGGAUCUCGCAGUCGCUCAGGCCUUCAUCCGAGACCAGCUGUACCGCUGCUACUGUGCGCCGCCUUCGAUUCCAAGUCAAGCCUCCUAUCGUCGAUCGCGAAUAUUAUUAUCGUUUCCUUUCCCGUCUAUUUCAAAUCAUUGAUUGAUUAUUAGCCACUCCAUUGCCUCGGUAUUCCUUCCAAGCUACAGGGAGCCGAUUGGUGACGACUAACCCGAAGGUGUCGGGGCCGUGUUAGGUUGAUGCCGUUCACUUCCGCAGACAGCUCAUGGUUUAGUCGUUCGCUGUCUAGAAUAUAAUUCGAGAUGGGUUCGUGUGUAAGCUCAGAGCCGGCUGAAAACAAUGAGCCAAAGAAGAGGAGCCAGGCGAUCGAUCGCAGGCUGGAGGAGGAUUCCAGGCGAUUACGGAGGGAGUGCAAGAUUUUACUGCUUGGGUCCGGAGAAAGUGGGAAAUCGACAAUUGUCAAACAAAUGAAGAUCAUCCAUCAGAACGGCUACACAGUGGAGGAGCUAGCCUUGUAUCGCCUAACGGUCUGCAAGAAUCUCCUAGACUGCGCCAAGUCCCUUGUAGGAGCUUAUCACCAAUUCUCCCUCGAGCCCUCGAGUCAAAAAGUCCGUGACUAUGUACAAUACAUUUCAGACUACAAUAUCGACCCCGACCCGCACACAACGUUGGAUGCGAAGGUAGGGGAGGCGAUAACGUAUAUCUGGAAUGACCCGUGCACAUCCACAGUAUUGGAACAUCAGAACGAGUUCUACUUGAUGGAUUCUGCUCCAUAUUUUUUUGAGGAAGCAAAGCGAAUCUCAUCCCCAGAUUUCAUACCCAACGUAAAUGAUGUGCUUCGCGCCCGAACGAAGACUACCGGUAUCUAUGAAACUAGGUUUACGAUGGGCCAGCUGAGCAUACACAUGUUUGAUGUGGGUGGCCAGCGCAGUGAGCGCAAGAAGUGGAUCCAUUGUUUCGAGAAUGUCACCUCCAUUAUAUUCUGUGUGGCAUUGAGCGAGUACGAUCAAGUGCUUCUGGAAGAGAGUAAUCAGAAUCGAAUGAUGGAGAGUCUGGUGCUGUUCGAUUCCGUAGUCAAUUCGCGAUGGUUCAUGCGAACGAGUAUAAUCUUGUUCCUGAAUAAGGUCGAUCUGUUCCGCCAAAAGCUCCCUCGGUCCCCCUUGAGCAAUUACUUUCCUGAUUACUCUGGCGGCAAUGACGUGAAUCGCGCCGCCAAAUACCUGCUAUGGAGGUUCAACCAAGUUAAUCGAGCACAUCUGAACCUCUAUCCCCAUUUGACACAAGCCACCGAUACAACCAACAUCCGCUUAGUAUUCGCUGCGGUAAAGGAGACGAUUCUACAAAAUGCUUUGAAGGAUUCAGGUAUCUUGUAGAUUUGAAUGUUCUACGCGCAGACAUCUCGAGUCGGACAGAUCGCGAUCUCUGGGCCUGUUGAGAGUCUCCGGGUGACCGAGCUACGUUUAUAUCCGACAAGCCAUGACGCUCUUUCUAUCCUAUUUUCCUUUUUUAUUUUUUUAUUUUUUAUUUUUUAUUUUUUUUCAUCCCCGAUACUCCUUCGUGCUUUGUGGAUAGGCAUCGGCGUUAACGGUGCUAGUCUUCGUUUCAGUUUAAUAUGCUAGGCGCUUGGUUGGAUCAUAGUCAUUGGGACUUUGCGGCAUGGAGUCAUUUCUAUCUUGGUUCUCAUAUUCUAUCCAUCUAUUUCUUUUUCUUUUUCUUUUUUCCUUAUUCCCGAGGGGUGUGCUUUUUUCGAAGGGGUUGUUUAUCCGCAUCAUUUAAGUAUUGAUUGGCUUGGCUUGGCCUUUUCAUUUGGCCUGGAUUUCUAUGAGCAUCUUGUUUCAAAGUGAAAAGUUGUUGGUCUCAGCACUACUUGCAUAUAAUUUGUGCCAAGGUUCUUGAUAUCCUC